CAAAGUAAGUGUCAGCCCCCUCCACAGAGCCCCACCCACUACUCCAUGAUGCCUUCUCCAAAGAUAUUUCCAAAACAUUAUCGAGCAAAUUUAUCACCGCUGGCUAGUAUGUCUGUAGCAGAAACAAGUACCGUAAGUCCUACCAUCACUUCAACAUUGGCCGUCACCACCACCACUACAAACAUAUCAGGUGUGGGCGCCCUCACAGUGGAGGCCACCACAAGCAGUACCACCCACGCCUCACUAGAGCCUGCUCCGGUGUCGCCCAGACAGAAAUCUCUAGCCGCUGAUGGGACCCCAGCCACCGGCAACCAGACAUGGGGGCCACAGCGCAUGGUGGAACUAGCACGGGAACCCAAUAGGGGGCUGGGCAUCAGUAUAGUGGGAGGAAGAGUGGAUCUGUUUCAUGUCCAGCAGGAAAACACAAUCUCAGGAAUUUUUAUCAAACAUGUAUUAGAUGACAGUCCUGCUGGAAAAAAUGGCACCCUCAAAACCGGAGACCGAAUCCUGGAGGUUGAUGGUAAGGAUCUUCGAAAUGCAUCACAUGACCAGGCCGUAGAGAUAAUCAGGCAUGCAUCAACACCAGUCAAGUUCCUCGUCCAGAGCCUCACUGACCAAAUAUGUCCAACGGACUUGGAAAUUGAUACUAAGUCAGUACAGUCAUAUGAAGAGGCUUUCUCUCUACCACAACAGACAAUUGAUGUGGGCGUGGUCAGUGAGCAAUCAACACCCCCUCCUUCAGUUGAGGUUGUGGAAGAGGACAGUGGAGUGGAGGAUGAAUAUGGGUACACACUAAAACGGAUACAACGACGCUAUGGUGACCUGACGGGGGCCCUUCACCUUGUGGACCUCAAGAAGAGCGGGAAUGGCUUAGGAAUCAGUUUGGCUGGCAACAAAGAUCGCAAUACAAUGAGCGUCUUUGUGGCAGGCAUACAGCCUGAGAGUGUGGCAUGGCGUGAUGGCCGCAUACAUAUUGGUGACGAGCUUUUAGAGGUGAAUGGCCAAGUUCUCUCUGGCAGGAGUCACCUCAACGCCUCGGCCAUCAUCAAAGGCUUGACCGCAUCUGUGGUCAAGAUAGUUCUUGUCAGGAGACAAGAUAACUUGGAGCACAUGGCAGUGAAGCCAUUGAAACCGACUGCAGCAGCUGUGUCCUCAGAGGAUAUUCGUUCCCUUCCAAGUCAUUCCCAACCAGCAACUAUUGCUACCACCCCUGACCCUUCCAUAGAAACAGGGGGGGCUAAUCUAAGUCCACAAGAUGUUUUCCAGGUUUUUAAUCUCCAAAAGGGAUCCUCAGGUCUUGGUUUUGCCAUAGUGGAGGAGAACAGAGAAGGGAGACAGGGUAUCUACGUCCGAAGUAUCACAGCUGGGGGAGUGGCAGCUCAGGAUGGUCAGUUGAGUGUAAGUGAUCAGAUCCUGGAGGUCAGCGAUCGGCCACUUACUGGGGUCCAUUAUGAUAAAGCAAUAGAAAUUUUACGCAAUAGUCAGGGGACUGUGAGGUUAAAAGUGCGAAAGUGUGGGGAGAACAACACCCAGGCUUCCAGUGGCCACAGUCCACAACAAAACACUGUCUUUCAAGUGGCAAGUAGUGCCCCAGGGGAGUCAUCAACAGACCCUGUCACCCAGUCUCCUAGUCAGCAGCAAGACACAGUUCCACACGACCCUUUCACAUGUCCAGUCAUUCCAGGAAAAGAAACGACAAUAGAAAUUGAGAAGGGCCGCACAGGGCUUGGGCUCAGUAUAGUGGGUGGGGCCGACACUCUUCUAGGUGCAAUCAUUAUCCACGAGGUGUACGAGGAUGGUGCUGCAGCCCGUGAUGGCCGCCUCUGGGCUGGAGACCAGGUUCUAGAUGUAAAUGGGGAGGACCUAAGGGAGGCUACCCAUGAUUAUGCAAUCCAGGUGCUACGCCAGACUCCGCCAACAGUGAAAAUUUCUGUGUUCCGUGAUGAUAACCAAGUCAAGGAGGAAGACAUUUACAACAUAUUUGCCGUAGAGCUUAUGAAGAAGCCUGGGCGAGGGCUUGGGCUCAGUAUUGUCGGCAAACGCAAUGAUGUUGGGGUCUAUAUCUCUGAUAUUGUGAAGGGGGGUGUAGCAGAGGCCGAUGGCAGACUUAUGCAAGGGGACCAGAUCUUAGCCGUCAAUGGGGAGGACAUGAGAAAUGCAACUCAGGAGUAUGCUGCCACUGUGCUCAAGACAACGAUGGGGAAGAUAAAUCUGUCCGUAGGGAGACUAAAGGCUGGCUCUCGUACCUCCUCCAGACGUAAUUCUAAUUCUGGAAAUGCUCUCAAGAAAUCAGAAUCCACCGCUAGCAACAAGUCGCGAGGGAAACACAACAAAAGUCAAAGUGAGGACAUCAGUUCUCAUAUACGGGUUGUAGAAUUGCAGCAUGACGCUGCCGGCUCCCUCGGUCUCAGCAUCGCAGGGGGAAUUGGUAGCUCCAUCGGGGAUGUGGCCGUCAUGAUUGCCAACAUGACACCUGGAGGACCGGCAGAAAAGAGUCAUAAUCUAAAGAUUGGAGAUAAGAUUUUACAGAUUAACACCCAGGUAAUUGACGGCCUGAGCCAUGAUGAGGUUGUCCAGCUGCUUAAGACACCAGGUGUAGUCAAACUACAAGUCCAACAUGGUGAGGAGAAGCGAGUAAGUGUGAGUGGCCACCCCUCUCGCCAGGUUAGCAUGGAUAUGUCACAGGAAAUAGCUAACGCCCCGCUGGUACCCGCUGCCACAGACAACGUGUUUGAUGGAGAAGAAGACGGUGCCCCUCCACAGCAGAAAGUCAUCACUUUAGUGCGAGGAGGAGAUGGAUUGGGCUUCUCCAUUGUGGGUGGUCAUGGAAGCCCCCACGGGGACCUUCCUAUCUAUGUCAAAAACGUUUUCGCCAAAGGUGCAGCAGCAGAAGACGGAAAUCUCAAAAGAGGGGAUCAAAUCCUCAUAGUGAAUGGAGACAGCCUGGAGGGCUGCACUCAUGAACAGGCUGUGGUUAUACUAAAAAAAGCCAAGGGAAAUGUUGUCAUGACGAUCCUUACAUCAUAGCAACAUUGAGGAUUGUUAACAUAUCCUUGUUCGCAAAGAUUUGUUUUACCAAAAACAUUAUAUGCCCCAUUCCUAAUUGUACAGUGUGAUCUGUUUAGAUUUUUUUCUUUUUUUUUCAAAUCAAGCCCAGUAUCAUCAGUGAAUGUCGGAGAUAACGAGAGCGAAAGGACACCGUUUUUCAGUAUUCAUUAUGAUGAUGCAUACAUUUUUUGUCUUGGAAUGUGGUAUUUUCUAUUGGUUGAAAACCUUACCUAUGUUACCUUGAGACAAAAUUGAGAAUUUGAUGUUUUAAAUUAUGAUUUUGUACAGCAUUUUCACUUGUCAAAAAAUGUUUUUGUUGUUGCACAAAGUUCUAUAUUUACCAAAUGAUGAUGUUCAGAAACGUUGACAAUAUGGCACAUUGUAGAUACAAUUAAUGGUCAGAUGAAUUGCUUGAAGUUGGUUCAAAAUACAAACAACAUUAUAAUGUGAAGAGAAGUGACAGUCCUGCCUGUAUAAAUAAAAACAUUGUUGUCAGUUAUGUCUUCAGAUAGGCGUGUAUGCCCCGGCGCCCACCAACGUGUUUGUCAGUCACAUGCAUUCACGAUAAUAUCUCUUACACUUACAGAUUGAAUACAACUAGACUUGAUCACUUUUGUUAAGACUGCAAACACGGGGUCAAAGUUCAUCAGUUCUUGUGUAAUAUGCGAUCCUUGCUAUUGUAUAAUAUUGUACUAUUUUUUACAACUUUUGGUAAGGGAUUUGUUGCACAUUGUCAAUGUAUGUUUUGGUUGUGGUGAUAGUAGGCUCUGCUAAUUACUUCUCACAAAUCAAUUAUGCAAUUUAUAUUUGAAAAUAUUGACAUUUGUUUUCACCCAGUAUAUGUAAAUAUGUUUAUAAUGUGUAUGCCUUAAGUUAUAAGUUGAUCUACCAGGCAUUCCCGUAGAGUUAUGUAUAAAUUUUAUUUGUGUUACACAUCUAUAAUUCAGUUUGUUAGUUUUAAUAUAGUGUAUGUAUCUACUUAUCUAUAAAGGGUCUUUUUAUACAGUACAAAUACCCUAGAGUUAUAUAGCCCAGAGAUUUAUGUAGAUUGGUAUCAAAGGAGAUAGAAAAUAUGUAUAUAAAUCGCCAAGGACAACAAAUUCACAUAAAUUAGUAGCAAGCAGAACACUGGAGAGUUCCAUUGGGGUUUGCAGUACAGUAUAUACAGUAACCUCCCCUUAAUUUUAUUUUAGCUAUAACUUGAGCAUGAUGGCUAAGGAACCACAUGUUGGUAGCUCAAGUUGUAAAGACAAAGGUAAUGAUCAUCAGUCCAGGUUUCGAGUCCUGAAUGUUAAGAAUGAUGUACCCUCAUCAGAAAAAAUGUCAAUAUUGUUAAUAAACAAGAACUUUGUCAAAAUAAAAAUCAUAUAUAAAUCGGGUUGGUGAUAUGCAAGUUUUUGAUGUGUUAAAGGGACAAUUUUCUCUGGUAAGUUCAUAUUUGAAAAGAUUGAGUAGUGGGAUAUAGAAGUGUUUAGCCUGCAUACAACUCUUUAAAAACUCCCCUAAGAAUGGUUUAACUGAAUUUAUUUAACUUUGUAGACUUACAACUAUUUCACUCAUAUUGGGCAUAUACACUACCAAAAACUUUUACUAAAAUACUAUUUAAUGAACAAUCCCUGUUUUAAGGGUAUGGCUACUGACGAAGUUAUUAACAAUAUGCUUGUGGUUGUGUGAUAAUUGUAUACAGAAAAACCUACUUACAUUGAACCUGUCUAAUAUGACCCUUGGGUAUUCUGACAUCAUGUUUCAUCUGAUAUAAUGCUGUUUUCCCACUGAAAAAACUACCAAAUUAAUGAUUUUGUAUUCUGAAUGCUUGUCUAAUCUGACCAUUUUGUUUUCCACAUGGUGUCAGAUAAGACAGGUUCCACUGAAGAAGUACAUACAAAAAUAUGUAUCAUUUUUGUUACUAACAAAAUAAUUGUACAUUCUACUUGUAUGAUCUUGUACAAACACUUAUUAUGUGAUCUUGUACGAUAUCACAAAUUACUUGCCUGAUCUUGUAUUUUCAAAUCAAAUUCACAUUUCUUUUUGUUGGUUUGCUUGUUUAAAUAUUUGAAUGUUUUUCUUUCUUAUCAAGAUUGUUGUUUAAUAUACGCUGAAGUAUGGCUGUGCAUUUUAUGUGUUACAUUUUUAUUGCAAAAAGUCUGUAUGAAGCCACUAAUGUAAGUC